AACCAACAUCUGACUAAACUUUAUCCUGUUGUCAGCAGUAUCCUUUUAAAUUGCAAUGUACUGGGCGGAGCCACAAAUUACCUGUUUCCUGUGUUUCCAAAUUGCACCACAUUGAAUUAAUUGAUUACUGUAAACGGUCUCCUGUUAAUGGCUGAAAUGACAGAUUCUCAGACUGGUUCAGGGCAUUGCCUCAAACCCAGAGUGUUGAUUAUCACAAUACAGAAAUUCAAUUCACACUCAAACUUCACAGAAAGGGUUGGAGCUUCAAGGGACACUAAGGAACUUCACAAAGUGCUGUCCAAACUGGGCUUCCAGGUGACGUUUAAGAUCGAUUGCACAGCAGAAGAGAUCCUGCAGGAGUACAAACAAGAAAGCUUUCGCAUUCAUGGAUCCUGCUUUAUCUCAGUAAUCUCCAGCCACGGUGCAGAAGGAAUAAUUUAUGGAUCAGAUGGUUGUCCUGUAAGGCUCCCAGAGAUUUAUUCCAUGUUUACACCACAGAACUGUCCCACGUUGGCUGGGAAACCGAAGAUCAUCUUCAUCCAGGCCUGUAGAGGGUUGCAGCUUGAUGACGGUGUCUAUCUGGAAACUGAUGGAGUAAUGGAAACAGACAGUGGCUGCUCCACACAGAGUGCCUACUCACAUUAUGAAGCAGUGCCUGAAGACACCACGGUCCAUUUCUCCACCAGUUCGGACCAUGCUGCUUUCCUCCGACCUGGAUAUGGCUCCAUCUUCCUGCAGAGUCUAUGUAAGGUGCUGAUGGGGGAACAGAGACACUGGGAGCUCCUGCGGAUCAUGACUCGGAUUAAUGGGCUGGUUGCCUGGAGCUUUGAGUCCAGAGGACUGAAUAUCGGGGGCAAAAAGCAGAUGCCUUGCUUCAUUAGUCGGAUGCGACAUGAGGUUUUUCCAUUUUCUGACAGACUAACUCCAGCCUAAUAACCACGGUCUCCAAUGAAUGACCACUAAUUGUACUAAUGUUUCAUCCAAAAACUACUUUCAUUUAUACAUAGCAUUGUUAAUCAA